AUGACAUCAUUCGCAUAUCCCAUGGAUGCAUCAGUAUUAAAACGUACCGCCGCACUUCCAUUAUCACCUAAACAAUAUAUUUAUGCCGGAAUGGAAUCUGGUUAUUUAUACAGGAUUGAUAUAAUCUCCGAAAGAUCCAUAGUUUUUACCCUAUUGCACGAUGAGAAAUUUAUAAAUCCGAUAGGAACUGGUAUGACCGUGUUAUGCCUUGAUCCGGAAAUUGGUGAUUUCAUUAUUUUCAGUGGUGAAAUGAGUGAUGGAGCUGUAUCAGGUCCCAAAUCAAAAUCAAAAAUAACUUGGGAAAUUCCUAAUUGGGCACCAAUUUCAGAUUUUCAAAUGCUUGAUUUACAUAAAGAACGUCGUGACGUUAUAUUCUCUUGUAGUGGAGUAGCACCUUAUGGAUCAAUUAGAGAAUUAAGAAAAGCUAUUGGUGUCAACGUGAUUACUAAGACGGAAUCCGAUUUUAAUGGUAUAAAUUCACUUUGGAAUUUAAAAUAUAACGUUAAUGAUAUCAUAGACACAUUUCUGGCUAUAUCUUUCUCCAAUUCCACUCGACUUAUGAGAAUUAGUGAAUGUGAACUUGAUGAUGUUAGUGAUCAAAUAUCUCAUAUUAGAGAGGUUGAAAAAGAUUAUGAAUUAAAUUCAGGAUAUUUAAUUCAAAUUCAUCGUAAAUCAAUUAUUGUAUCAAAACCAAAUAUUAUUUCCGGAUUAUAUUUACCAAUUACACAUAUUACCAAAUUUCGAUGGAUUCCCCCUGAUAAUUCAAUUAUUGAAGUAGCCGAUGUUUAUGAUUCAAUUGUAAUAAUUAGUUUAUCAACUAUAAAUGGAAGUAUACUUUAUGUUCUUCAAUUAUUGAUUGAUCCUUCUUCUGUACAUAACAAAGUAUCUUUCUCGAUACUCGCAGAAGUUCCCUUGGAUAGUCAAACUUGUUUUAUUCGUUGUUUAAUUCCAAGUUCUCACGUACCUGUACCUAUUUGUAUAAUUGGAACUUAUAAACCAUCAAUAAAAUUUUUUUUAUUGAAUCAACCUGAAAAUUGGUUGAAAUUAGUACACGAAGAAUUUUUAGAUGACAUUAUGAUGACCAAAGUUAAUAUACCUGAAUCGAUUCUUAUUAUUGGGGACAAUGAAAAAGCAUAUUUUUUGGCAGGACUCAGAGAAGGAGCAAUAACUUGUUAUGAAUGGAUAUGGUCCACAGUUGAAAAUAAACCAUUAUUAUCAAGUUCACAAUGUCGUAGAAUUGGAACCUAUCCCGUUAAAUUUAUUGUACCAAAUAAAAAUCAACCUCUAACAAUUUGUAAUGUGAAUGAUUCCACUUCGAUAUUGGCACUUUCCGAUCGACCUUGGCAAAUUAAAUAUUCGCAUCGUACAGGUUUAGAUUUUAUUUGUGUUGCCUUUAAACAUUAUGAACAUGUACAAGAGGCUGUUUACUUUCGUUACGCGAAUUUAACUCAAACAUACAUGUUCGUCUCAAAUGAUUGUUUGAAUUUCGUUAAAUUAAAUGAUUUCAUUAAGAAUAAUAUGCGAACCAUUAUUACACCACGAAGAUUAUUUUAUGAUGAUUUAAAUAAUUUACUUUUGGUGUCUUGCGUAAGUAGUUCAGAACCUUUUCCCACAUCAGUAUUAAAGUUGGUUGAUCCAAUCAAUGGAGUUAUUUUUGAUGAAUAUUUUUUACGUUCUGAAGAGAAUUAUGAAAGUGAUAUUCAAUGGAGAUUUACAAACGAACGACAAGAUUUUCGAUGUAUUUGUAUUGGUACAGGAUUUCAUCGAGGUGUUGAUAAUGCUGUUAGACCUACACCUCCUCAUCGCGGUCGUCUCUUAAUUUUCAUCAUUAAGAAAUCUUUAGAUGAUUAUGGAGUAUCUCGUCUUAAAUAUCAACUCAAAUUAAUUACUUACACUGAAGUUGAUGAUCCUGUUCAUUCAAUUUCAGCAAACACAUUAAACUUGUUACGUUUUAAUUUGGAAAUGAAAAAGUUAAUUUUAAUAUACAAUAAAUCACAUCGAUGGCCAAUCUUAUCUGUUAGUGCUUGUGGGACUCGGAUUUCCGUUGGAGCUACUCAUGGUUUUUACUUUUAUGAAUUUGAAGUAGAUAAGGAAAGAUUUCGAUUUUUAAAAUCUGAAAGGACUUCACGAUUAAUUAAUGACACGAUGAUGUUAAAUGAAAACCUUGCAGUCGGAUGUGAUAAAGAUGGUGAUGUAUAUGGAUUAAUGUAUGAUGCAGUUAUUGUCGGAUGUUCGCUUUUGGGAAGUGUAUUUCUUUUUAUGAGAAUUGGUAUUAAAACUUACGACCUUUUGUUAGUUUUACAAUCCAUUCUUGAGAAAUGGCCAACUACUCGUCCUUGUUUAGGAAAUGAUAACAGAAAUUUCCGAACAAAUAAUCGUCGCCAAUCAUUAAAUUUGGUAAUAGAUGGUGAAAUGGUAUCACAAUUUUUAAGAUUAACCCGAACAGAACAAUUUAAAAUAGUGAAUAAUAAUCCUAAACUUAUUAAUGCUGGUACAAUAUUUUUACGAGGAGAACAAAUCGAAUCAGAAGAAUCAAGAAUAAAUCAAAUAAAACAACAACAAAUAACAGCUGAUCAUUUAGAAUAUCGAGGUAGUGGUGAUGAUGAACCUGAGGAAGAAGGAUUUCCUGAAUUAUUAGAUUUUCCUGAAGAAGAAGAAGAAAUUAUUAGAAAUAAAAUAAUAGAAAAAAAUCUAGUUUCCACUGAAGAAAUUGUGGAUUCAAUUCAAUCAUUGUUAUCAGAAUUAAAUAUGCAAGUUUCUUAA